AUGUCCGCUCCCUCGCCCAGCCGCGCACCAGCCGUGCGCGUGCGGCGCCGCAGCAGCGCCAGCGAGCUGCCCGCGCCGCGCACGCGCCCGGCGUCGCAGCCGCCGCAGCACGACGCCGCCGCGCGCGCCCGCGCCGACGACGUGCUGGCGCGCGAGGUCGGCGGCCGCGCCUCGCUGCAGCUGCAUCUGCCCUGGCAGCACCACGAGCAAGGCACCGGCGCUGCGUCCCGCACGCGCCCACGCGGCAGCGUCGUCGAGUCGCUGGCGCGCCGCCAUCGCGCCGCCGUCGAGCGCCGCGAGGAGCAGCGCCGCGUGCGCCGCCUGCGCCGCUUCGACGGCCUGGGCGCCAUCGCCGAGGGCGCCACGCCCAACGAGAGUGCCGCCGCUGCUGCUGCUGCUCCGUCGGUGACUCCUGCGCCGCUUGCACCGCCCACCUCGCCGCCGCGCCGCCGCACGUCCGUCUCGACGCGCGCCAGCAGCGAGCCGCGCGGGCCCGACGAGCACUCGUGGGAGGCCGUCGAGGUGCUCGACGUCGUCGAUGCGCGCGUCAGCACCGUGGGCAUGCUGGGCAGCAUGGCGCGUGCCAUCGUGCUGCCCGCCAGCAUGGCGGGCGGCGAGCCGCUCAUCGACCUGCCGACGCCCGAGGAGCGCGUCGCGGCGCGCCUCGACGACGAGCUGGAGCUGGGCGAGCCGCUGAAGCGCACCGCCAGCGACCACCUUGACGCCCACGUGCGUGCGCAGCUCGACAAGCGCCAGAGGCGCAAGGCGUGGGUCAAGAAGACGGCCGCAGGCAUCUGGACGUUCAUGAAGACGCCGCUCGGCAUCGUCGUGUCCAUCUACGGCUUCCUCGUCGUCUUCACGGGCGCUGCGCUCGUCAUCUGCCUCUUCGGCUGGGUGCCGGGCAACAAGGAUCUGCAGGUCGAGGCCUUUUCGCAGGCAAUCAACGCGCUCUUCACCAUCACCGGCGUCGGCCUCAUCCCGUGGCGCGUGCGCGACACGUACCGCAUCAGCCGCAUCUGCCACUACCGCAACACGACGGCGCGGCUGCGGCGCGAGCGCGGCCUGCCGCCGCUGCGCGACUUCAAUGACUUCAGCGCCGAGCGCGAGAAGCAGGCUGCAGCCGCCGUGCGCGAGCGCAAGCGUGCCAGCGAAGGCAGUGCGCCGUCGCACGGUGCUGAGAGCGACGAGGAAGAUGCAGAGAUCCAGCUGCCGGAGAUUGAGAUGGAUGCAGAACACGUCCUGCGCCCCGACCAGGCACAUCGCCUCACCGUGCUGCAGGACAAAUUCGCAGAGAGUGCCACGUGGUAUCGCUACGUCGAGACGAGCACACAUCGCGCCUUUCCCAUCGGCUGGGCCGUCAGCAUCACGGCGCUCAACGUCGGCAACUCGGUGUUCCAGUGCUGUCUCUGCGCUGCAAUGUGGGGCUAUGCUGGGCCCACAAAGUACAAGAGCCGGCCCGCAUGGAUGACGGCGCUCGGCAUCGUCCUCUCCUUCUCGUGCGGCAUCGGCGCAGCCGUGUGCAUCGCGCUCGGCACCAAGCGCACCAAGAAGACGGCCGAGGUCGAGGCACGCCUGGAGCGCGCGUUCGAGCUCGAGGCACAAGAGCUGAGCGGCCAGCACGAGGCAGUCACGCCGAGCACCGAGGCUCCUCCCGCCAUGUCGGCUGCGCCGGUCGAUGCUGCGCCGCACACAUCGGCUCCUGCUCCGGCGCUGGCGUCUGAGCAGCCUGGCGUCAGUGCGGCGCCAGAGACACGCCCAUGA